AUGGACUUCAGGGUCCCCGCAGAGCUGGGGAGAGGCGACCCCACGGGCAGCAACCGCCCCCUCUUCAACACCUUCAAACCCGUCGGCGAGGACGAGGCUUCCCGCGGGGCCCCGGACCAGCCCCGGGGAGCAGAGCCGCCGCCACGAUGCCAAGACAGCUGCGGCAGGGUGUCCCCAGGCUCCCGCCCGGCGCCGCAGGAGCUGGCGGCCCUGCGGGCUCGCACGAGGCUCUGGUUCGAGCAGACGCAGGUCAGCAGGCUCCGGGAGCGGGGCGAGCUCCCGGCCUGGUUCCACGGCUUCAUCAGUCGUAGGGAGACGGAGCAGCUGCUGCAGGACCAGCCGCCGGGCUGCUUCCUCGUCCGCUUCAGCGAGAGCACCGUGGCCUUCGUCCUGUCGUACAGGGGCAGGGACCGCUGCCGGCACUUCGUGCUGGAGCAGCUGGCGGACGGGCGCUACGCCAUCCUGGGCGAGCCGAGCGCCCACGCCGAGCUGGCGGACCUGCUGCGGCACUACACGGCGGCACCCCUGGCGCCCUACCGCGAGGUCCUGACGGUGCCGCAGGGCCGGGCUCCCGGCAUCCCAGCUAAGGUCAGCUCCUCGGCAGCCGUCCAGGGGCCGGGCAGCCCCACGGAGAACGGAGCUGCUGCCCCCGAGCAAGCCUACGCUCAGGUGCACAGAGGGACCGUCCCCGCCGCGCCGCCCCGGCCAGCCGAUGCCAAGUACCAGCAGCUCAUGCGCUUCCACACCUACACGGAGCUCCACGAGAGCACCGCGCCGCCCCGGCCCCGCAUCUACUGCGAGCCGGACGAGCGCAUCCCCUUCUACGCCAUGGGACGGGGCUCGGUCCCCAGCGCCAGCCCCGAGGAGAACGUCUACUCCGAGGUGGCGCUGGCCCAGCAGGACCCGUCCCCGCCGCUGCCUCGAGGUGCCGUCUCUACGCUGCCCCCCAAAGCGCGUCCCCCCGCAGAGCCAGCCCACCGCAGGCUCUUCCGCAGCAAGUCCAGCCAGGCCUCCAAGAGGCGGCAGCCCCCAGCAGCUCCCACGGCAGAGAGCAGGGAGAGAGGCCCCCCCGGCCCCGCCACAGAGGCCACCACAGACCCUACACCGAAGUUCGACGAUCCAGUUUAUGGCAGAAGGACGAUCACUCCAAAGAGAGCAGCAGCUGCUGCAGGACAGGAGGGUCUGGAGAACAUUUAUGAGCAGGUUUCCGGAGACUGGCUCUAAGCCACUAGGCUCAGGUCCACGAUAUCACCUACUCAAUGGGGUCAACCCUGGCUGGCGUUGUCCUCACAGCAAUCGGCCACAGAAGCUGCUGUGCCACUGCCCAUUCGGGUAAUGCUGACGCUGAACACGGCGAGUUACCAAGGCCAACGAACAGAUCGGAGCAGGACAAUACAGGCAAGAACUGGCUUUUAAAAUGGACAAAUACACAGCGGUGAACACGACAGCCCACAGCCCUACAACCUUCUGCUGCUCAGGUUCACACCACAGAUCGAUCAUACUUUGCAAACUCCCUUGGAGAAGCGUUUGUCACCACCUGUGCAACGCUGUCCGUUCUACGCACAAACCGAGACAGCCAGCUUUGAAACACAGGCGGCCUUUAAGGUGCCUCAGUGCUCCUGGAAAGGAGAACGAAGGAGAAGGAAAAUCAAUGCCUCCAAGAGUAAAGAUAAGCACCUCUGUUGAAAACAGGUGAUGUUUGGUUCAUUUAAAAGUUUAUUCCUUUAUCAAAUCUCUUUUCAGAGGAUUUCACUGUACAUAUAAGAUAUGAAUAAAUUACUCAACAGUAACUUUAUUCUGGUCAUUCAAAUACUCAAAAUGGGCUCUGCAAAGUACUAAAACAUUCAGGGAGCUAAACUAGAAAUCAGAUUAUUUUAAAAUAUCCUAAGAAAAGACUCCA